UAGGUGUCAGUAUCACCUUCGCGAUAGUUGCUAGCACGCUCACAUCUGUCUGAUCAGUCCGCCUGAGUCAGAAUCCCAUAACGACCACGGUCCCAUACAUAUCAUCUAGGAUUCUAGGUCCAUUACCGACUGGCCCAACGCUUGGCGGAAUCUAAGAUUACGCUGCUCAGCUUCGGAUUCCGUCGCAGCGAAAGUCUCUUCCCCGAAUGCGGCAACUGCGCUCUUGCGUCGUCUCAGCUUUCGAGUCGACUCAAAAGCUUUCCUCUGGUUGGAUUCCUCGAUCCUGAUUACAGGGGGAUUCCGGUCGACUAAAAUCACUCCCCGAUAUUGGUUACAAGAGGAUUUUACUGUAGCAGCGGAGAGGAAGCGUCGAGACUCGCGACAUAGCCCGAUAGCGUAUACGAAGUAACUCAGUCCCGAUGGGAAGGAAGGGAGGAGGCUCGGUAAAAGCCGCGAAGGGCGGUAAGGCGCUGAAGAUUCGCGGAGUGAAAGGGGGAGAAUAUGGAGACGGGGAGAGGAGCAGCGGGACGGGAGAGGGCUCCAACACCGAGGCAGGCGGCAAGCACGGCAAGGGCAAGGGGGGAAAGGGGAACACGGGGGGGCGGAAGGGGAAGGGGAACCGAGGCACAUACAAGGGGGGAGGGGGAGGGGCGUGGGAGCAGCUGAGGGCGCUGGGACUGUGCAUCCGCGAAGUCAGUGCGGAUGGCAACUGCUUCUUCAGAGCAGUGUCGGAUCACGUGUUUGGGAACCAGUCCCAGCACGUGGAGCUCAGGCAUCAAGUGGUUGACUACCUUGAGGCGCAUGAGGCUGACUUUGCACCGUUUGUGGAGGACGACAUGGGCUUUAAGGAGUACUGCAGCGGCAUGCGGGACGAUGGCACGUGGGGGGGGCACAUGGAGCUACAGGCUGUGUCGUUGCUGCUGAAGAGGAACAUCUGCAUACACCAGUUCCAACAACCCCGGUGGAACAUCGUCAAUUUCGAUGAGGCCAGCACACCCUCCAUCCACCUCUCAUACCACGACGGCGAUCACUACAACAGCGUGCGGUUGGAAGGGGAUGCGGGGUCCACACCAGCUCAACCAAUCACCAUUCAGAGCAGCGGUGACAAGAAUCAGUAUCCCCAAGAAGGGGCGCCUACAGCUGCAGCAGCAACCUCAUCAGCAUCGUCAAGUGUGGGUGAGGAGGUGGUGAAGCUGGUGAUGGCGUCUACUGGCUGCCAUGACCGCCAGAGAGUCGUCCAGGCCCUGGAUGACCUGUCAGGUGACGUGGAUGCAGCCAUAGAGUACCUCAUCGCUGUCCUGGCCAAUGAGACAUCGCCACAUCAUGAUCCAGAGCUUGCAACAUCUCGCUGCCCGGGCUCAGCCCAAGGAGCUGCAGCCAAUGGCUCUGACGUGGCACAUCUCAGUGCAGACCUUGCAGAUCGUGAUGCCCCUCACUCCCAGCUCUCAGCCGCUCCAGGCUCAGCGCAAGCAGCUGCAGCCAGUGGCCCUGACGCUGCACCAGCUGCAGCAGCACCACUCGGAGCACCCGAUGCAGCCGUUGCAGGCAGGGAGUUUCCUAGUGCUGAGCGCAAAGAGCGCAACGAGUGCAGUGAGCGCAGUGAUUGUCAGCAAGAACCCUCUGCAGCACGUGCAGGAGCUCUUGCAGCCACAGCAACAACUGAUGCUGCAGUUAAAAGUGGCUAUGAUGACAUGCCAGCAUGUGCUGUGGUGCCUGCUGAUGAUACUCCUGGUGCCCAUUCCACUGUCACUGGUGCUCUUGCUGCCUCUGCUCGUGCUUCUGUGAAGGCACCAGCAUCAAAGCAUGUUCAAGGUCGCAAUAAGCCGUGCCCUUGUGGCUCCAAGAAGAAGUUCAAGGCAUGCUGUGGAACUGGGAAGGCUACUACUGGUGCAUGUGUUGCAAGUAAUUCAGGGAAUGCCGAUUUGUCGAAGAUGAGCAAUCGUGAGCGCAAACAGCACCUAGCGAAGGUGAAGGAAGCUGAAGAAAUUGGUAGGGUAACUAAAGGCUGCAGAAAUGCUGAUGAGAUUCAAGAGGGAAUUUCCAAUAUGGACCUUGGGUCUUUAUGCAUUUAGUAAGGUGCUAAGGUUUUUAUUUCAUUUAUGAUUAGCUAUUGCG